AUGUGUUUUGCACAUGUCCUGAAUUUGGUGGUGAAGAGGUCCCUUGCCCAAACCCCUGAACUGGAGGACAUCCGGAGUAGGGGGCGCAGGAUCGUUGGGCAUUUUAAGUCCAGCACCACAGCCAAGGAGAAGCUGUCUGAGAUGCAGCGACAGCUGGCCAGGCCGGAGCACAAAUUAAUUCAGGAGGUGGACACAAGGUGGAACAGUACAUUCGCCAUGUUGGAAAGGCUGUUUAAGGAGAGAGAGCCACUGGGUGCAGCUCUGGCCACCCUCAAUAUAGACCUCACCCCGUUCACCUCAGAGGAUUACCAGGCGAUGCACCAGCGCCUGGACGUUCUUUGGCCAUUUCACCAGGCCACAGUGGAGCUCUCUGAGGAAAAACGGGUGUCGGCCUCCAAGGUUAUUCCACUUGUAAAAAUGCUAAAACAUUAUAUUUCAAGCAGAUGUGGCCAUAUCACAAACCCACUGGGUGAGAAACUGGCCACAAACCUAAAGAAUAACCUUUGUGAAAAGUUUGCAAUGUUGGAGAAGGUCACGCCACUCUCAAUGGCAACCUUAUUGGACCCUAGAUUCAAAGAGCUGGGGUUCUGCAGCCAAAGUUCUGCUCAAACUGCUGUAGAUAGGCUGACCAGAGAGUGUGCUGCAACAAUGCAGGUGGAACUUCCAGCUCAGGCACAGCCACAGUCACCACCUAGAGCAGGCCCUUCAGGUCAACUGGAGGAUGGCGGUCUCUGGGCCCUGCUGGACAGGCAUGUGGGUGCUCAACAGCAGGUGACCAGCUCAAAUGCCAGUGCUACAGUGGAGGUUCAGAGGUACUUGAAGGAACCCCACAUUCCAAGAACAGAGGACCCACUGAAGGACUGGGUCACCCACAAGGUGUUAUACCCCCACCUUUACAACCCGGCGAUUAACUUUUUGUGCACACCAGCUUCCUCCAUGCCCUGUGAGAGGAUUUUCUCCAAGGCUGGCGAAGUUGUCAGCCAAAGACGAAACAGGCUGAAACCCAGCACAGUUGAAAAAAUCCUGUUUUUAAAUAAAAAUCUGUGAAAUGUAUCCUGUGCAGUCAUUUUAGCUUGGCCCUGUUUCACAAGCAUACCCCCCUGUCACUUUAUCCUUAUUAUUCACAAUGUAACGCAAGCACUUCUCACAUACAAAUUGUUUUGUUUUACGCUUUUUAUUGUGUACAUAUUGAAGCGUAACAAGGACAAUGAGGAUGGUUGAAGCAGAUGAUAUACUUGCAGUGCACCACCAGAUGUCACUGUUUGUGGUUUCAAAGCCCCGAAACUUUGGUUCAUUUUCCGGCACAAUCAGAUGAACCCUGUGGAAGCUUCAUGAGGCUUCA